AUGACGAUACUCCUGCUGCUCGACAGCAGCAGCAGCCGGUGCGGGCAGCGAGACUGCAGCGGCAGGGGCUCGCAGCAAACGGAGGACAAACGGAAUGAGAUACAGCAGCAGGGGCGGACAUAUCAGGAGCACCAGUCUCACAGUCUGGCAGCAGAUAACGAAGGAAGAGCCGGUGGAGCUUGUUUAUCUGAUGACGGAAGCAGCACCGGGAAAGGCAGCCUAUCUACAGGAACCCCUGCUGCUGCGCGCACAGAGGAGGGGGGUUGCAGCAGCAGCCGCAGCAGCUACCCGCCUAUUGUCUGGUAUGACGAAGGGAGGGGGAAGCUCAUGAUUGAUCGGCAGCAGCUGCUGCGAGAGAGGGGCGAAUCGACUCGUGGAGACUGGACUUUGCGCUUUCUAGGAACCGGCUCUAUGCAGUCAUCGGUGCGAACUUAA